GCAGUGUAAAUUUUUCAGACGAUGUCCAACGACGCACUGUGGGUGUCUGACGCCAUGUUGGACUCACUCAGUAUGCAACUUCGGGAUGCCGAAGCUCGCCGAGCGGAAGCAGAACGUGCACACCAGGAAGCUCUGGCACAGCUUAGAGGUAUGUCGUCCGGCAUGGGUAGGAUAAGUGAACCGAUAGAAACGUUGCAGUCCAGAGCCCGCGAGUUGGAGAAGAAGGCUGCACUUGAAACGGUGCGAUGCGAGGAACUGCAGCUUGAGUUAUCAGCUGCGCUAAAAUCCCGACCCGGCCGUACGAUCGGAUCGGGCCCGGGUGGAUCGAGCGGUACGAUGAUGGGCGGCAUGGGCGAUAGUAUGGCGGGCCGUGGCACCGUGGGCAAUAGCUGCAGCACCGCCACCAACUCAUCGUCCGUCAGCGCCACGCUGAACAGCAUCGGUAGUAGCGGCUACGGCCACACGAGCUCGGUCACGACCAACACUAGCGCCCUCGAGCGGUCGCUAGCGGGCUACGGUGGCUCCGCUGCCGGCGGUAACGCUGGAAGCGGAAGUCGCGGCAUCGACGGUAUAGGUGGUGGCAUCGGUCACAGCACAAGCAUCGGCAUGAGUUCGGUGAGCAGCAGCGGCAUCGGAACCGGCAGCACUGGCAACACUGGCGGCAGCACCGUCACCUGGGCGCCCACACCGACCGGACACCAGCAAGGGACCGAGAUUGAUAGAAUAAUGGCAAAGAUCGAACAGGCACGUUUAUCCAUUGCUAAUGACAAUCGCAUACUGGCCGAGCUAGAGCAUCCACGCACAACCGGACCGAUCAUGUCGUCGGCGCUGGGCACCGGUGGGCUGGCGAGCGUGUCGACCAGCCUCGGGCUAUCCUCACAUCAAGCGCACCUGCACCAGACACCGUCGAGCCUCGCGUCGCAGAUCUCCACCUCGGCCAUGCUGAGCGGUCUGUCCGGGCUGACCGGCGGCACCAUGCCCACCACCGGGCUCGGUAUGAACUCGAUCGGUCUCGGCGGUAGCGGCAGUGGUGCGGGCGUUGGUGUCAGUUCGGCUAUGGCCGCCGGUAUCAGUUCCAUCACCGGUGGUAUCAGCUCGAUGGGUGUAACGUCUAGUACCAGCAGCCAUGCGCUAACCGACGGACAGUACAGCGCACUAACGUCGUCGACCGGUGGAAGCAGCACCAAUCACUACUCGACCAACGCUAACGUUUCGCCACUGCCAAGCCGGGCAAAUCCAAUGAGCACCGCCAUGCCACCCCUCUGCCAGAGUACGACCAUGCCCGUCCUGUCGCUCCACAACACACACUCGAUACCGUCGGGUUCGGCCAGCUACACGCUCGGUCUGAGCGUGGCACCGGUCGCCUCAUCGUAUACGUUCCCGACGCACUCGGCGACGACCGGCGGGCUGGCGAGCGUACUCGGCACAACGUCUGGCGUCACCGGGGCGGGCGUGUCCGGGCUGAGUGGGUUGGGCGGCGGGCUGGGGACGGGCACCGGGCUGAACCUUACCUCGACCAACCCGCUCACCAGCACGCUCGGCACCAAUCUGACCAACUACAACACCAGCUCGUCCUACUCGACCUACACCAACCCGCUGCUGAGCGGCACCGGUGGCAUCAGCUCGAAGCUCAACAUGAAGCCGCUGGACGAGCUGGACCUGCUGACGCGCUACGGUCAGCGGGGCGGCACACCCUGUUCACCCAUUCCGCCCGCCAACUGGGGCCUAGAUAGCUAUACCGGAAUCGAUGGCGUUAAUCCUGCCUUCAUGCAUACGCAGAACCGAUCGCUCAUCGGUAUGGAGCUCGAUGCACGAUCCCACGGUUUGACUCUCAACGGUACUGGAGAACCUCAGGUCGACAUGCUGGACAUUCCGGGCAAGGGCCGAUGUUGCGUGUUUAUAGCACGAUUUUCCUACGAUCCACCGGAUGUGGAAGGUUCCGAAGGCGAAUUGGCGCUCUGCGCAGGUGAUUACUUGUUAGUAUGGGGCAACGGAGAACCACAAGGAGGAUACUUCGAUGCGGAGCUGUUAGACGGUCGGCGAGGUCUCGUCCCCGCAUCGUUCGUGCAGAGACUAGUAGGUGACGACCUGUUAGAGUUCCACCAGGCGGUAGUGUCAACGUUACGCGAUGCUGACGACGCUCCGAUUCCGCUCGAUCCGGCCCCGCUUCCUUCGAGCAACCCCCUGAUACCGCACACAUCGGAAGACCUGGCACGAAUCAGCGAAACACACACCGACCUAGGUCAGGAUUUGGAUGAUGAAGCCGACACAGUUCCUGCACCGAAGCACCUAACCCUGGAGCGGCAGCUAAACAAGAGCGUACUGAUCGGCUGGUCGCAGCCGGAUCCACCGAUGUGCAAUCAGAUCGAGAGCUACCACGUGUACGUGGACGGUGUGCUCAAGGUGACGGUGAAGGCAACCGAACGCACCCGGGCCCUUGUAGAAGGCGUAGAUUCCAACCGACCACACCGGAUUAGUGUGCGUAGCGUGACGCAGAACC